AUGAAGUCCCUCAAGAACCUGAUCAAUGCCCAAUCUCGUCAACACCUUGGUCGCAACAGUGUGACUGAUGACUUGAUCAUUUACAUGGCAUUGAAUGAACUACCCUCUCAGUUUUAUGCCAAUCAAGGCAAGCGUCAUGACACCGGAAAGGCGUUUUCCAAGGCAACUCCAAAGAGCCGCAAGUGCUUCUACUGUGAAGGCAAAUACAACGUCAACAGCGUGGACCACAUGAAGUGGGAUUGCCCUAAGCGCCAGGAUGACUUUCGGCGAGGCUGGGCGCAUAGUUCGAUUUUCGAAGAACCGCGGCGAAUCGAAGAUGCGGUGCCCAAGGGUCGUGAUGUUCGCACCGAAGUGGCCUGCGGAGCCGUCGUGACGCGUGAAGAAGUGGCGUUGCCUGCAUCGCCUCCAAGCCGUCAAGAAUUUGACCUGCCGGACAUGUCUAUGGACGACAUGUUUUCGUGCCCUGAUGACAGCGAUAUGCUGUCCUACUCUCCCGCGUUGGCUGUGGACACGACGUCCACUCCUCGUGUCGAGACGAUGGCGGCAUCCAUGCGUGACCUGUCCGUAAAGAUGGACCAGUCGUGAAUGGGCACUCGAUGGUGGUUGCGGCCACCACAUGACCGGUGACAUUAGUUUUCUAACCAACUUAACAAUGCAUUCUGGAUUCACAUUUGCAUUUGCUGGUGGUCAUAAACUCGUUAAUACACACAUGGAAGUUGCGAA